UCCUGUUUGAAACCUGUUUGCACUCGCCUCCCUCACAUUCCUUCAUGCAGACGCGUUCACGCCUCAAGGCUUCCGUCCUUCACUUCAGCAUCAUGUUCGUGUCCCGGUCGCUCAGCUGCUUCAGGUUCUGCUGCUCGAGAAACAAAACCCUACGAACCGACACCUUCAGUUCAGCCUGGUCGACCAGCUUCUUCUCCGGCUACAGCAGUGAACCACCGACCAAAGAUGUGUCUCUUCAUUACAGCCUGGGCCGCCCGGUCCUGUCGGUGCGUCUCCCUGCAGGUCAACCGUCUCGCUUCACCCUGACGCCCAUGUUGACCACCGUGGGCGACCUGCUUCGAGACAUCUCAGCCAAAGACCCCGGGGUCCACAGCGCCGCUCUGCUGAACGGAGAUGGACAGAGAAUCUCCUCGUGCACGUUUAUGGAAACAGUUUUAAAUAAAGAUUUCCAGCUCGUCAUCAACGGCGUCACAUACAAUGUUGGCUCUCUCGGCCAAGGUGUGUCUCAUGAGCACGUGUUGGGUCUGAACGAUAUGAAGUACGUGGUCCAGCUCCUUCAAUCCGCUCUGAAUCUCCCUCAGCAGCAACACGUCAAACACUCGGAGCUGCUGAUCCAACGGGAGCAACUACAACAGGAGCUCAGGCCACUGGAGACGGUGAAAAUCCAGAUGGCGAAGGAGGCGGAGUCGAGAGCCUCCCUGCUGGGGUGGGCGGGGCUUGGUUACCUAUCACUACAGGGAGGAUUCCUGGGUUACCUCACCUGGUAUGUGUUUGCAUGGGACGUCAUGGAGCCAGUCACCUUCUUCAUCUCCUGCACCACCAGCAUGAUCUUCUUCGGCUACUACAUCCUCACAAAACAGGAGUUCAUGGUCACGGGGGCAAGGGAUCGUCAGUUCCUUCACUUCUUCCACCGCAGAGUGUCUCAACAGAAAUUUGAUCUUCAAAAAUACAACGAGCUCAAAGACAAGAUGGCCGAGGUGGACGAUGAUCUCCGGAGGUUGAGAAGUUCGAUCCGUCUGCAGCUGCCCGUGGAACAGGUUCAAAGAUCCCGCUGAGAUUCUUGUGUCAUUCAAUUUCACCUUUGUUUGUUUACAGUGAUAUUUUCUGUUGUAGUCAUUUUGGACUUUAUUAAAGAUGUGGUGAAAUAAAACAAUUGAAUCUGUAUCCGUAAUUAUUUAUAUAUAAAUAUUUAAAAGAUCCAUUAUAACUAUCAUUACGAAAUAUCACCCUGUACUUAAAUAUAGCAGCAAUAUACUUUUAAUACCUUUAAAAAUAUAUAUUUUUCAUAGUUGUUGAAACAUUCCAGGCUAUUGUGUUAGCGGGGUUAGAGCAAAUAUCAAUAUCUUACGCCAUAGAAAUAGGAAAUUAUUUUAAAGUGGUAUUAUUAUAAAUAAUACAGGUAUUUCAUUGGACACAAAGCAAGUAUUUAACCCCUCAGUACAUUCCUUAAGAAGAAACGUUUAUUAUGUCUUAUGUUUCACAAUUAAAAGUAAUUGAUUGUUUGAAAAUGAAAAAACUUUGAACAACUCAAGUU